UAAAAAUUUGGUUCUAUUUUUUUCUUUUGAUCAUGAAUUUGUCGGAUGCGGUGAUCCCGGUCUUCCUUGGUAUGCUAGUGAUCUUCUAUCUAGAAGUGCCAGUCCUCUGCAGAGGACUGUUCCGGAGCUACAAAUUAAUACCUGAUAUUCACUCAUCCAAAAGUGCGGGUAUGACUUAGUCACCUUGUUCCAGCAACGUACGUAGUUUAGAAAAGCAUCUUACUCAACCAUCAUUCCAAGAAGAAAUUCACAAGCAAAAAUGGAGCAAGUGGCGCGAAAAAUUUUCAAAAAGUACCAGGCGGAAACACCUGACCGCAUCAAGUUGCUCGAUCUCUACGCAUUCUCCUUGGCGCUCGUGGGUAUACUUUUACUUGUUUUAUUGCAACAGGUUUAUGGUUAACGUGCUUUCUAAUUCUAUUAUUUGAUUCCUUUGCUUCGUCACCCCGACGCAUGACAGACGCUGGUUGUUUCUCGAAGAUCAUGUGCUACAAACAUGCAUCAAAUCCACAUCAGGCGCUGUUCUUUUCGUCUACGUGGUGAUAGUAGGCACGUUUCCCUUCAACAGCUUUCUGUCAGGCUUUAUCGCCGCGAUGGGCACGAGCGUGAUCACAGUGUGUCUUCGGGUCCAGCUCAUGGACCCCGAUACGUUUAAGCUCAGCGUGGAAAGAAUGAUUGCCGACUACCUGCUUGCAAAUCUGUGUUUACACAUUGCCUGUAUUUGCUUUUUGGGAUGACAUAGAAGAAGGUCGUCCGCAAAAGGAGGCUCAAAUGGAUAUUAGCGAAGACUUGCCUGAGAAUACAGGAACAGACAGAGAAUGAGUGACAGCCAAUCGAUUCAUCUGAACAAGAAGAAACCCCGUUUAGUCUUCGCGCUGCCACCUCUCGUCCUUACCAGCGCGCGAUGUUGAGUAGAAGCGAAGCGGCGACUUUGUUCUUCUGACCACAAGAACCCUCGCAGCAGCGGUUGCGGGAUAAGAUUCUGACAUUUCUUCUUGAAAUACAACAGGAAAAGCAACAAAAAUACUUAUCAAAACUGAA